AUGACUCAAGUUAUAGAAGACACUUAUCCUUAUUUGCCUGUUUAUGAAGCUGUCGCAAAAGAAUCUGACAAUGACGACUGCCAGCCUUACUUUGAUUUUAUCACAACCCUAAAAGAAGCAAAGCAAACUGAUUAUCAAAGCUACAAGUAUAGAAUUGACACUGAUUUUCCCAAAAUAGACAAACUAGUUUUGCGGAGACCAACGUGUAUGCCAACUAUUCCCGAAGCUGUUGCUCAUUUAAAGUUGUUGAAAGCGUUUGGUGUAUUGAAGGAAAAUGUAUUAGGGUGUGGAAAUGAUCCUGAAAAGUACCAAAUUAAAAAGUGGAAGGUGUUUAUUACAUGUGCCGUGAGGCGGUUUAUUAUUUUUGUAUCUGCCUUGAGGGACUGUUAUAGUGAUGGAUCUUCGUCCAGAGAACUUCCAUUCUAUGAACUACAAAAAGAUGCAAGCUUCAAUGAAACAAUGGAUCUGUUUUUGCCUCCGCUAGAUGUGGUUAUGGUAUGGCAUGCCUUUUUAUUAAAUCCAAAGACGUUCUAUGACGUGUUUACAAGAGAGGAGUUUAUUGUAUUUGCAAAGUACCCAUUUCCGUUGGAUAGACUUGAAUCGUGUAUUGACAAUGAAUCUUUUGAGUAUAACGUAUCGGAUGAGUACAAGACCAAUUAUACUAAUUUAUUGAAAACAUUCACAGACAAAGCAAACGAUUUAAAGUAUGAUGUGGGGACUUUUUCUAUGCACGAAGAGUUGGUUGUUGUCUAUUGUCCACAGUGUGAGGUGUCAUUAUCAAAGCCUAUUCCAAUGACAACAGAUCGGGAAACUGGGUUUGCCGAUUGCCAAUUCAAAGCAAAACCUCAAAGCAAGAAUAGAAACAUUGUUUUGCAUAAUUGCUAUUGUGAAGAUAUUGAAGAGCUAACUCAUGACGAACUACGCAAACUUCAAUUGUACCACGAUCUUCACAACUCAAGGCCCCUCCCAAAUACUUAUAAAUACUUUUCACCAGUCCUUUGCAAUCCAAAACAAUCAAGAGAUCCUGGCGUAGCUAGUAACAAGGUUAAACAGGCUGUUAUGAAACGUUGGAGCUCUUCCAAACCUGUUUAUGCGAUCACAAAAGAUGUCGAUGGAGGGUUGGGUGAUUAUGCACAGUCGAAUCUUAUCUGUUAUACAGUGCCCCGUGGUAUGGUGAUUGGUGAGGAUCUAGUUGGCUGUGUAUUGCGACAGGAAAUAUUUACCAUGAAAAUGAACAGCAUGGAUUGGUUGCACUCACCUAUUGUGCUACAGAGCGUAUCUGAGUCGUUGAUCAGAUAUAGACGGUUUUUCCUGAUGAUGACUGAUAAUAAUCUAACACAUAUGGUAGUUCCCACAUUGGAUAUUGACUUGAUGUGGCAUACCCAUCAGCUAUGGAUGUAUGGAUAUUUCAAAGACUGUUUGUCUUCAUCGUGCCAUGCCGUCAUCGACCAUGACGAUAAAGUCGAGGCAGGAGAAUUAGAUGAUGGUUUUCUGUUUGCUUCCAAGGAAUAUAAGAAAAGGUAUAAUGAAGACUAUUCAAUCUGCUAUUGCCGUUAUUGCUCGAGCCACAGACCAGAAGUGAAGCUUCUGUUUUGGAAGUCGUCUUUGAAAUCACGAAAGAAAUUGGAAAGAGAAAAGUUUUCAUUAGUUACUCAUCCGUUGUUCAGUUUAAAUGAAGGGUUGUGUCAUAUAAGCACACAUAACUCAAUAGUUUUGCCCCAUGAUGCUGCUAUAAGUAGAAGAUUGGAAAGUGAUCUACCAUGGACCAAAAAACAUUUCCAUUUACAAGACCCAGCAAAUUAUGUUGUUGCACCACUGGUACCAGCAGGGGCCUUAAUCUUUUGUAAAAUUCCGAUGUAG